AUGAGGAAGAUUCUAGAAGAAGGAGCAUGCUUUCUGUUAUGGAGGGAGAGCCAGCUGCAUGCAAAGAGGAAGGUGGUCUGGGCUGCAGAGCGUAGUGGUUCUAGAGGUGGCUGCAGAGAUUGUUGGAGGAGCGUAUCUGCAGGGGAAGGUUUUUUUCAGAGAGGAGGCCAGCUGCAGGAGAGGGGAGAGCUUUUCGGUGCUGGUCUGGGAGAUGUUUUCAGGGGAGAAGUUUUUUUGAGAAGGCUUCAGGUAGAGUUUCCUGAGGGUGGGAGACUGGCAGAGGGAGAGGGGAGAGUUUUCCUUGCCGGUUUUCAGGGAUUUUUUGGAGAGGAGAGUUUCCAAGAGAGUGGAGGUUCCUGGAGAGAGGUUAGAGAGAAGGAUUUCUGGAGAGCAACUAGAGAGAGGAGGGUUCAGUUGGAGGUAGAGGGUAUUCCUGGAGAUUUUCGAGAGGGAGGAGGAGCCUUUUCUGGAGCUGGGAAAGCCAACAAGACCUUACUGCAAAAGGGCAUUUUCAGGAGGAUCUCGGGUCUGACUGAUACCAUCCGUGGCACUAAGGAAGCUCAGAGGGGCCACAGUCACGAGUUUCGUCUCCGGCGACGCCCACUGAAGAAGUCCAAUGGUUCUCUCUUCAGAAAUCACCCCGUCUUCACCACCGUUGUCGUCACUGCCAGAGUUCUCAAUACUGGUUCUCCUAUCACCGUGCCUGUGGGUAGGGAUACCCUUAGCCGCAUCAUUAAUGUUAUUGGAAAGUCUAUCGAUGAGAAGGGCGAAAUCAAAACCGACCACUCUUUGCCUAUUCAUCGAGAAGCUCCAUCCUUUGUUUAUCAACCCACCUUAGCAACAGAUCUUGGAGGCCUUCAAGAGCGUAUCACAACAACCAAGAAAGGCUCCAUCACAUCGGUCCAAGCCAUUUAUAUGCCGCUGAUGAAGAUGUCUUCUUUGAGGAUUACAAAGAACCCCUUUUGA